AUGGUUAAAAAGCGUUCGGCAGAAAACACUGAAUCAUCAACGGCAAUAGAGGGCGGCGUUGCCGCAAAGCAACCUCGCUUGGAUGUUAAUGCUGCAAAAACUUUUCCGAAGAGAAAUGGAGGCCCACAGUCGGCACCUUCUGUUACCAAACCGGUCAACUCAGUCAGGAGUGGUCUAAUAAAAAAGAAAAUUCCGCCAAAACGGGCUUCAUACAAUGAGUGGCAGAAUGGUCCAGGCUACUUCAGCGGAAGUGGAUCAGCAGGCAGAGAUCGAUUCCGUCAGAGACCGAGACCUUUCCAAGAUACACGUCCUCGAGAAAUUCCACCACUAUUCCCGACAAGAAGCGGCGGUCCUCCUGGUGUCUCACCAUGGUCAAGACCACCUUUUCAAGAGGAUGUUCGUACUCUGGAACAGGUGAUGCGCAGAGCAGCUCACGACAAUUCCUCAUCUUUUGAAGCAGCAAGACAAGUGGAAAGACUUGGGCUUGGUCCUGCUAUGGGAACUAUGUUGAGUUCUGUAGCUGAAAGAGUUCUGUCAAAAAAAGAAAACAUUAACUUGGCGCUAUAUCGCGGUGGUUCUUUCAUAGACACAUAG